CGGCAGGUUUUCCGGGGCACGCGACUUGUAAGCAAAGCCCCGUGAGCUCAUUGACGAGGAGAAGAGGGACAACAACUGGGAUGGACCCACCGGCUGAAGAACAGAAGAGGUCGGAGUCGGAGGAUAUCUCAGUGGGGCCGUCGUGCCCCCGACGGGUACCGGCAGCAGGAGACACGCCGCAGCUCCACGUGUUAGCCGUAGAUGAUAGUCUCCUCGACCGCAAGGUGAUGGAGAGGCUGCUCCGGUUCUCUUCCUACAAAGUGACGGCCGUCGACAGCGCGAAGCAAGCGUUGGAGAUCUUGGGGUUGGGGGACGAGUCAUCGCAAAAUGACGUAAGCGUGAAUAUGAUAAUUACUGAUUACUGCAUGCCGGAGAUGACAGGGUAUGAUCUGCUCAAAAGACUCAAGGAGUCGUCAGAUCUGAGGGAGAUCCCGGUGGUGAUCGUAUCGUCAGAAAAUGUUCCGACGAGGAUCGACAGAUGCCUCGCGGAGGGAGCCAAAGAGUUCCUUCUCAAACCCCUCAAACUAUCGGACGUGAAGCGUCUCGGGAUCCACAUGAAGAGAUCGAACCGGCAUUCAGACAGUAGCAUGAGACAAGCAUGAAGACAAUUCAACAACAAGCUUCUUUUUCGAUAAAUGAAGACCGCCAUAUCAUGACUGAGCAGAAGACCAGCAUUCAAACUGUGAAGAAAAGCGUGAGGAAAGAAGAGGAACGAGGAAGAUGAAGGAGCCAAAAAGAGAUACUUCAUUUCAUGUAUGAUGGGGUAUUUAUACAAGUUUACAGUAUGUGCAGAUCCCACAAAUUUGGGGAUUGGAAGAUCACAAUCUUGUGAUUUACAACAAUAGAAUGAAAGAUUAUAACUUCUUUCCUGAAAUUUCACUUUCUGAUUUUCCUCUUUGAUGUAUAGGAAAGAUUUUAUUGAUUCCUGAAAAUCAGUUUGCUGAUUUUCCUCUCCAAUACUCCCCCUCAAGUUGGUGUAUGCAAAUCUGAAACACCCAACUUGAUUCUUAAAGUUUGAAAACUGUCUUUCCCCAAUGGUUUAGUGAAAAUAUCAGCUAGUCGCAAACAUGAUGAUACAUGAUGAGCCCGAAUGAUUCCUUGCUGAUUUUUUUUCUCUUACAAAGUGACAAUCUAGCUCUAUUUGUUUUGUUCUUUCAUGAAAAACUGGAUUUGCUGAAAUAUGCAAAGCUGCUUGAUUGUCGCAAUAUAAAUUGACUGGUUUAUCAUGACUCCACCCCAAGUCAUUCAAUAAGGCUUUUAACCAAACAACUUCACAAGUUGUCAAAGCCAUUGCCCUGUAUUCUGCUUCAGCAGACGAUCUAGUAAUAAUAGACUGCUUCUUUGAUUUCCAAGAGAUAGGGCUAUUCCCCAAGAACACAAUAUAUCCACUAACUGAUUUACGAGUGUUAGGAUAGCUAGCCCAAUCUGAGUCACAAUAAGCCUUCAAUUGUGUUGCACUUGAUGAGGAUAAAAAUAUUCAUUUUGCUGGUGAAGCCUUCAAAUACUUCAAUACUCUAAGUGCUGCUUGAUAAUGUAUAGUUUGUGGCGAUUGCAUGAAUUGACUGAGAACUUGGACUAAAUACAUUAUGUUUGGACGAGUAAUGGUUAAA